AUGCUAGCCGUCCGUCGCUUGCUGCUCACGCGGCCCUCGCUCUGCGGUCGAUCUUUUGCCUCAAGCGUGACGCAAGUCAUCGAGACGAUCGAUGAUUUCCGCCAAGCGCAUCGUGCGCUACCUUCUAGCGCCACGUUAGGUCUUGUUCCGACCAUGGGGGGUCUUCACGAUGGACACAUGGCGUUAAUCAAGCAAGCGCGCCGCUUGUGUGACUUUGUGGCCGUCAGUAUCUUCGUCAACCCGACCCAAUUCGGACCAAAAGAAGACUAUUCCAAGUACCCGCGUACGUUUGAUCAAGACAUGGCUCGACUACGGCAAGAAAACGUGGACUUUGUGUUCUGCCCGUCGGUUCAUGAAAUGUACCUGCCCCACCACCGGUGUUACGUCGAGCCAGAGGGAUUUGACGACUUGGUCGAGGGCCAAUGCCGUCAAGGCCACUUUCGAGGUGUCGCGACCGUAGUCACCAAGUUGUUUAACAUUGUGCAGCCCACGCACGCGUUUUUCGGACAAAAAGAUGCUGCGCAGGUCGUGCUUAUCAAGCGAAUGGUCUCAGACUUGAACAUUCCCGUAGAAAUUGGCAUUGUGCCAAUUGCACGAGAACCAAACGGACUCGCGCUCUCGACUCGCAACCAGUACUUGGAUCCUGUGGAGCACGAAGCAGCUGGUGUACUGCACCGUGGACUUGUACGUGCGCGGAACUUGUUCGAGGCAGCAAAAAAAGAGGGGAAGACGACAGUUGAUGCGAACGUGCUGCGUGCCGUUGUUCGUGAAGCGUAUGAGCGUGAACCGCUCGUGACCGCCGUUGACUAUGUGUCCGUGGGGUCCAAAGAGACGAUUCAAGAGGUGGCUGAAGUUGAUACAGACGAGGGAGCCGUUAUUUCCGUCGCUGCCAAAGUCGGAAACUGCCGUCUGAUCGAUAACAUCGUGCUUUAG